AUUGCACCUUUCUUCAAGUGGCAAACUUUCAACGCCCAUUCCCCCACAAUUGUUUUUUUUUUUUCUCUUCUCCAAUCUUCCUCCCAAAUACUCCAUCAUUUCAGGACCUCCUUCUUUUUAUCUUUUUCUUCAAAUCCAUAUCUGAACUUCUCUCAAUCAGAAUUAAAUCAGUGAGAAUUCAACAAGUUAUCCAAAAGGGCUCACUGGGAUGAAGAUCCAAUGUGAUGUUUGUGAGAAAGGGGAAGCUGCGGUGUAUUGUACUGCAGAUGAAGCUGCUUUGUGCAAUUCCUGUGACCAUAGAGUCCACCAUGCCAAUAAACUUGCUAGCAAGCAUCAGAGGUUUUCCCUUAUUCAGCCACCUCCCAAACAAGCCCCUAUCUGCGAUAUCUGCCAGGAUAGAAGAGCUUUCUUGUUCUGUCAGCAAGAUCGUGCAAUUUUGUGCAGAGAGUGUGAUAUUCCAAUUCACAAAGCAAAUGAACAUACUGGAAAACACAACAGAUUCCUUUUAACUGGGGUCAAACUCUCAGCAAGUUCAUCCCUUUAUUCAUCAUCGACCUCCUCGCCAUCUUCAUCAUCAUCAAAAUCAGAAACAGCCGCAAUCUCAACUAAUUCUGAUGCAGUUCCCAGAAGGAACAACAAGCUCUCUGUUUCUGUUACUAAUAAUAAUCCAAGUACAGUGACUAAAGCUGAUUCCAAGGCUGCAUCUUUGGGACUUACUAACACUGUAACUGGAGCUUCAACAGGAUUAGUUUCAGACAAUGGUCAAAUGAUGAAUGGAGUUGGGGAUGGCAACGGAAACUCAAACACAAGUAGCAUAGCAGAGUAUUUGAUAGAAACGCUGCCCGGAUGGCAUGUUGAAGAGUUUUUUGAUUCAUCAUCUUCCUCGCCUUUUGGUUUCUGUAAGGUUUGCAAAAAAAAAUUCAUCCUUUCAUUUUUUACAAUCUUUCAACAAGUUCAAAGCAGAGGACUUUUUUUUACCAAUUUUUUGCCCCUUUUUUUUUCUCUCUUAGGAACAGAGUACGAGUGACAGCGAUGUGAUGCCAUUUUGGGAUGGUGGAAUAGACACCAAUUUAAGCUUCUUCUUUCCAGAAAGUACAGGUCUUUGGGUCCCUCAAGCUGCUGCUACAACACCAGUAAAUCCAAGUCCAAAUCAGAAUCAAUGGUUUUCUGCAACUUCCAAUAACAUAUCGUUUGGAGGGCAAAUCAAUUCCAAGGAGAAUCUAACGUUUAAGACCACCAGCAGGAAGCAUUGGAAUGAUGACAAUAUUUUUGCAGUUCCACAGAUCAGCCCACCUGCGAAUAGUACUGCCUCCAAGAGACUCAGAACUUUAUGGUAGAACCAUCAAAAUCACAUCUUUUUCUUAUUAGACUCAAUAAUUCACUUCGUUUUUUUUUUUUUUUUUGGGAUCCCUUUCUUGGAUGGCCUCGAUCCUAGCUUUACACGAAGAUUAUAUUAGGUGUUGUUUUUGUGGGUUUUGAUUUGUGUUGUGCAUCUUUCUUGUAAUUGUGCUAGCAAAAGCUGAUGCAAGGAUCCUUUUGUGUAAAUAUAUUUUCCCCAUUUUCGUACUAAUGAAAUGAGGCAAAAAAAUUCUCAAUGUUCU